AUGGUUUUGUGCGGCUUCGACUUGCGUACGACGGAGCUAUCCAUUUCUCGGGACGAAAUGCAUCAGUUGAAGCUAAUGACUGAUGACAAUUUGCAUGCCGGCCUUGAUGCCUACCUAACAAAGCUCGGGUUCACAAAGAGCACUAGUGAGCCUACUCUCUAUGUUAAGAAGGAGGGAAGUGAGACUUUGCUGAUUGUUUCAUUGUAUGUUGAUGAUCUGUUGGUCACUGGUUGCAAAAGGGAGCAAAUUGAGACCUUUAAGAAGCAAAUGCAAAGUGUGUUCGAGAUAACUGAUCUUGGCUUGAUGACAUACUUCCUUGGCAUGGAAGUGAACCAGAACAAGCAAGGCAUCUUCAUAAGCGAGAAGGCAUUUGCAUCGAAGGUUUUGAGCAAGUUUUGCAUGUCAAACUGCAAGCCUGCUAGCACUCCUAUGGCAUUGGGAGAAAAACUCACUAGCCUAGGUGUUGAAGAUCGAGUGGAUGAAAAGAAUUACAAAAGCCUGGUUGGUUGCCUACUCUACUUGACUGCAACUAGGCCAGACAUCAUGCAUGCUAUUGGUCUUCUAUCAAGAUUCAUGCAUUGCUGCAUAGUUGCACAUUUUAAAGCAGCAAAAAGGGUCCUAAGGUAUGUUAAAGGGACUCUGAAUUGUGGAGUAAAGUUUGAAAGAGCUGAGGAGUUAAAACUAGUAGCAUAUUCAGACAGUGAUUGGGCUGGUUCAGCUGAUGACAUGAAGAGCACAUCUGUCGAAACCAUCUUUUGA